CGAACGUGAAACUGUGCCGUUGCAAAACGCGCGGCGCGAAACGUGACGAAUUUUGGCACCCCGGACGCGGCCGUUUGUGCGACAGAUUAAUACUUUAAUAUAUCGCCGAGACCCCGCACGUGACUAUUCUCUAUUACUUUCAUUGGUCGAUUGGUUCGAUUGUGCCUCGAGGCACAACUAGGCGGUCGAUAGGCAUCCUCAGAAAUUCCACCGGUACGACACAGCCGAGGAAGCGGCAUUGGCAAGGUGUGCAGUGGCGGGUCGGCCGAGGUUGUCUUUGUUCAUUCCACUACCGGAAGCAGGAACUAUCGGAAGUGAAAUUUAUGUCGUCCGAGGCUGAUCCCGGCAACGAAAGUCCCGGGGAAGAUCCAGCGCAGCUCGACCAGAUGCAGCUGUUUCAAAAAAAAGACAGCGAACUGGGCACGCAAGUGCGACGCAGCGGUUCCCUGAGGAUCCCGAGGUCUCCUAAGGUCGAUCGGAACCGAUUACACGUGUCAUCGUAUGAAGGAAAGUUGAGCAAUGUGCAGUGGACUCCGGACAUCUCUGAUGAUACUACGCCAGUCCGGCCCGCCAGGCACUCCGCACCUGCGGUUGACGCACCUGCGCCGGAAUACCUUGCCAGGAACCUCCUGCAACUCGGCUGCCCGGUCGUGUCGAUGCCCACACCUCGCGGCGGCGUAGGGCCCGAGCCUCCGCACAGUAGCGACAGCGAUGAAUAUACGUCGGCUCAGGGCCAUCAUCAGCAACCGGGUCAUGGUCAUGGUCAAGGACAAGGGGACGUCUACCACGUGCCUAAAGUCCACGUGUCGGGGCCGUCUAACAAUAAUGAAUCCUUUUCCGACGUCAAUGGGUCUGCGGGGUCCAUAGGAGCACGAUCGGCGCCCAGCACGCCUCUUCAAGUAGCCCCCGGUGGGCAGCAAGCUGGUCAGCAGUCAAUUAGCGGCUCUCAGCUCACCGCGGCUGCUGCGAAUACUUCUCAGCCUCCGAGGAGCCCGAGCCACGCGGCCUUGAGAUGUAACGACAGUCAUCUUUCUAAACCGCUCAGCAGAAGUACACCAUCCAUGGCAGCUGGUGGUGCUGUACCAGUCGCCCCAGGAAAGGUUAGCAAAUCUUCGUCCACGUCCUCGCCAACGACUACCAGCAGCGCCAGACAGAAGAAGUUCCAUAGGCAUUUCUCUCAGGUUGCUGCGGAAGAACGAGUAUUGAACUACUACAGCUGCGCGCUGGUAGGCGACAUCCUGCUCCAAGGCUACCUCUACAUCACGCCGAACUACUUCGCUUUCUACAGCAAUGUGUUCGGCUACGUAACGAAGUUGCUGAUUCCGACGACCUCGGUGUUAAAGAUCAGCAAGGAGAAGACCGCGCGAAUCAUUCCAAAUGCGGUGGCGAUCGCUACCGAGGGCGAGAGGCAUGUUUUUGGGUCUCUUCUGUCGAGGGACUCGACUUUCAAGCUGAUGAAACAGGUUUGGGACGCUGCCAUGGAGCCGCAGCCGGUUCUGCCUUUGGAGAACAACCCGGACACGCCGGUGGUCGACGACUCCGAGGUGAAUCACGAGGAAGAUGAUUCCAGUAUGUCCGAAAGCGGGACGGAUCUUAAUUCAAGACCGCCGACCGUCUGCACCGACACCGACGGUGUUUCACUGACACCUAUCACCAGGCUCAGUCUACCGCAGCCCGUAAUUAAGGAAUCACAAGUGGUGCUACCAUCGAUCCCAGCAACAUCAAGCAGAUCCGGUGUCUCUUUAUCCUUGUUCACAGAUGGACUGAAAACAAGCACAGUGAUAACUAUUCUCGUAGCCCUGUUAGCAGCUCUCUACGUGUCUGCGGCUCUGAUGAUGAUCCGCAUCGACAGGCUACACACAGCGUAUAUCAACCAUCCCCUCGUUUCGCCGGAACGUCUCACACAGGAUCGGCUUUUGCACUAUCUAAAUACAAAUCUUGAUCAAAUAAUAAAGGUGAGACAGAGUUUGCAGAUGUUGUCACAGCAGUUCGUGUCAAUGAGCCAAAGCAGCGAGACAGACCCGGCCGUGUCCGCCGGUCCGAUGGAACCCGAAGACGCUCCGAGUUAGCCCCCGGCAAGGCUGAAUAAUUUAACGCAACCAAAUAAUACGAGUCCCCGUCGCCUCGCUAGCGUAUGAAGCGUCUCGUAUUAAUUAAUAACGUCGUUGUCUUCGUUGUCCGCGUGAAUCAUUUCGACGCGCGAUCACAGGCCCGACCGACUAAUUGACAAAGUCGCUUCGACGGUCCUCAAGAAAAUAGGCAUUAUUAUUGUUAGCGUAAACCUAGACUUCCGCGGCUCUGAAAAUAGAAAUGGCGUCGUUACGCGGCGAACCGUCGCGACGGAUUAUGUAAACAAAAAGAAAAAACAAAGAAAGCAACAACAAAAAAUACAGGCGAAGAGGAGCGCGUGAGAACGAACGAACGAACGAACGAGGAGAAACGACGGAAGGUAGGGAAAACUUUGUAUAAGAUCAUUCUAGAUCGCGUAUGCGUAACUCGAUUCGACUUUCAGUCACGCUUGCAGGUAUUAAUUAAAAGAGACCACGGGAGGAACUGAUGCUUGAAAGCGGGAAGAGAUACAAAGCGAAACCGCAUGUAAACAAUAUUAUUUGUAUGCGCGCGUAACGCGCCCGCGUAAAGCAAUUGUACGUUGUGUAUUUUGAUGUUAAUUUUCAAUCGACACACAAGAUUAAUAUAGAGCGCGUACGGCGAACGAAGGGAUUUUCGUCUGUUUACUUUCUUUUUUUAUUUGAACUAGUCACAUAUACAUAUAUAUAUGUAUACAUUAUAUAUAUACAUAUAUGCCCCCACAUACGGCAAGGGUAUACUGAACAAAGUGGUAUAUAUAUAUAUAAAUACAAAUAAUAUAAAAGAAAGCUAUAUAUAUAUACAUAGAGUAAUGCAUAUUUCGCGAUUACUUGUUGAUUAUUAUGUAUUCGAACUAGUUGGGGCACUAUCUUUUUAAUUGGCGCAGGUGUUCUGCAGCGUAGAGCGAGCAACGGUUACUUUCCGCGUCCAAUGGAACAAAAAGAUUUCUAUGUUGAUUACGUGGUGGAAGAUGAUUACGUGAAACGGAUAUUGCGUGCCCGCGCGGUAUUACGGAAGCGAUCUGCGCGCUAAAUUUUGGCUGAUUCGAUCAUUCGAAUUGUUGCGCCUUUGCGAACGAGGGUUGCAGUUCCCGCGCACACUGGUGUUCCUACAAAAUUUCAUCACCGUUGUGUCGGUGUCACGACCGCGGGAUUAUUUUUUGGUUCCUUUUCCUUUUUCAUCGAGUCGAGACGACGAGGAAGCGCGAAAGUGUUCGCGAAAUGCAGGGUGUUCGUGUCAGGGUUUGUGUCAAGUUUGCACAGCGCGUUAAGUGGGUCGAGUAGGUGAACACAGAAGUCACACGAAUGCUGUGUCCCAGAAAAUGCUUUAAUUAAAUGUUCCACGAUUUCAGAUGACCUUCUAAUGUUAAAGCUUUUCGUAACGUUACCCGUUUUUACCUUUUAUGUACAUACGUAUCAUAUUUUACCGGUAGAGAUAGCGUUUCUUUUCCUUAUAAUGAUUGAAAUACUUGUUCAUUUUUUGUAUAGCGUAUUGCAAUAUUGUUUCUGUCAUUUAAUUAUGAUCAUGUUAUCGGUCGGUAUAAUAGUGGUUCGUUUUUAGCAAAGAUUUGUGAAAAUUUUUUGUUUGAAAAUUUGUUGAAUAGGUGUUAUCGUAGGUGUUACCUAAUCGGCCAUUUUGCUACAUCGUGGAAUCUUGACACCAAACUCGUGCACUCUGUAUAUCUCAUAGCACUAAUAUAUUUCGAUACGAUUGCACAUAUGUUCUUAUAUGUAAAGCAAGACACAUUUGGGCGAAGUGCUAAUUAUAUUUGCGGUGAAACUGUGGAAUUACAAAGAACGGGAGACUUGACUGUGAUAGUAGGAUCGAGGACGCAUUUUGUUAAAAGACGGCCGCGUUUAUCGGUUUAUUGCUGUUGCAUCUUGUAGAAAGCAUUGAAGAAGAUAAUGGUUGCCUCGAUCCGGACCACGUGACAUUCGUCGUAUAAACGCGGCCGUAUUUUCGAGAUCACGUGAGGGGGGAAUAUAAGAGAUGUGCUGUUACAUUCUUUAGCUAUAUUUAUAACGAAAAAGUGUAUAUGUACAUCAAACGAAAUUCACUUAAACGAUUAUUUCUGUUCAUUUAUCAUUUAUUGCGAUUAAAUAUGUGAAUCUAUCGCGUUUACAAUUAAUUUAUAACAAUUUCAAGAAUACCCUAAAAUAUAUUUUUUAUCGUCAAUGGUUGUGGAAUGUAUUUUAUAUUGUACACCAUGGAUUCGGACUGUAUGAGAGCAAUACGGUGAACGAAGUAGAAGCAAUUAUGGGAGAAACUUGCAAAACGGUAAAAAUUACUUUUCAUGAUUGCUUGUAAUCUGUAAUGCACAGUAAUGACUUAUUUCUAUGGUAAAUAAAAGUUGAUUUUCAAAUUCUUACGGAAUAUUUUUAUGUUGUGCAUCGAUGCUAAUCAUGAAUUACUUAAACAUAUUUUGUUGCCAAGAAUUUCUGAUCAUUUUUACAAGAUCGUCGUUUCACGUAAUAAUUUGUUCUACUGUAUAUUCUACAUGAUUUUCAUAACGCCGAGCAAAUUUUCAUUUUAAAUCGUCGUAAACCAAUGAGAUUAUUUCAUUAAAGAGGACGAAGAAGAAGAGAAGUGUGAUUUUCCCGACGCGUAAGAGAUCCAUGGGGGUAAAGUGUAUAUUGCGGAUAACAUAAAAUGGGAAUUAUUUAAUACGUGGGCUGGCGAUACAUGAACUUAAUUUAUUUCGUAGAUUUUACGAAUCUGCAGUUUACACAUACUUGCACAGUUUUAAAGUGUCUUUAUGUGUUUUAUGUGCGCUGAUUGAUUUGAUAAAAAUUUCUAUUUGGUACGCCUUUUAUUGCGUAAGCGAGACCGAGGGUUGAAGGGAAACUUGUGCCUGGCACGGUGUGCCAUAGAAAAGGAAAACUGAUUGCAUUCUAAAAUGAAAAUCCGCGAGGACAAAACGUGAGAACACUUUUAACGAUGAAACAAAUCAUCGAGAUUCGUUUGCUACCUAUACUUGUCAAACCUUAUAUUUUCGCGUGUUGCGAAGGUCAGAUUUCUUUCGAUGUCGAAUUCAAAGGGAAAGGGAUGUUCGCGUACGAGGUAAUUGGAUGAUAAUUGCCACUGAAAGAAACAAACUUGGAAAAAAGUGAACGCGUUAGAGCCAACGUUUGUGCCAAAUUUCGGGAAUCAUUGGACUUCCCGCAUAAAAACGAAUAUCGUCUCGUAUUUGCGACGAGUAAAUUCAUACGGUUCGAAAAUUGAAUUCGGAGGUUCGAAAAUAAAAAAAAAAAUAAAAAAAAUGUGUUCAGCAAUGGCGAUGAUUAUCCAGUUGAUCCAGCUAGAGAUUGUUCCAUGAUAACGAAUUCAGCGAGAGCGAAUUUAUGCCGUACACAGGGGGCGAUAAUUUUCCCUUUCUGUUUCUACGUAAUACUGUUUGCCUUACUGUAACAACUCUAGACAGUUUAGAUGGAUGCUCAACUUACGAUCCAUUCUCGUUAGAACGUAAUCGUACAUAAACAGCUUUUGAUUUGUACUUGUUGCGCGUAACUUGUUGUGGAAACGACAGACAUCUCGACUUUUAGCUGUACCUAUUUGGAAUCCGUCGUCGAGUUCAAUUAUAUAAAUCGAUUUACGCAUAAUGAAUGGAUAAUAGGAAAUGAACAAAGUUGAGUUGAUUGCCACGCGUAUGUUAAUUGUACCGUGCAAAUGUUUCUUCAGAUAUCUCAGUAAUUACCAUGUAGUCGAUUUGAAACUGAACUUUGUCCAUGAAAGUCAGUAAUAUCAAAAUCUUAAUCCGUUAAGCCACACGCGAGAUAAAAAGUAUAACUCAAGCUUCAUAUAAGAAAUUAGCCGUAUUUUACUAUAAUUUAGAAGAGACAGAAAUGUGAAUGGUACUACAGCGAUGUUACAACAAAAAUUUGGACUGUCGUUCUAGAAGAAAAAAAGAAGAAAAAAUAAUGGUGUGGCCCUAACGGUUAAGAGAACAGUGAAGCAAAUAUAUUUGUUACGGGGCGACAUUUGAACUUCUAACAAUGCGUUGUGAAUUUUCCGAGGAACGUUUUACAUGUUUGUACUUUCCGGUAACAUUUACUAUUACGUAGGAGGCUAAGGUCAUGAUUAUCUUUAGGACAGCUUAAGUUAAAUUGCAAAAUACUGUAUAUUUGUUUCCACGGAUUUGUUCUGGAAGGGAAAGAUUUUGGCUUUUCCUUCGCACACCGUCGUGCUGCAUGGCGUAUUCAGUUGCAAACAGCAGAGAUCAUAUCGGAGUACCGUCUGUUAAAUAGCAUGAUUUCGUAAAUUGUCUAAUUUUGUUACGUUCUACUGUUAAUAUUAUGUGUUUGAAAGCAACUCGAACUCGUUCAGUUUACAGAGUGAUAGUCUAUUUACUGGUGCUUGAAGAGCCUUGACGCGUGCCAUUUUACGAUUAGGUGCAUAUACUCGAUGAAAUAUGUACAUUUUUAUUACGUAUGAUUUCGUUUCUAUUCGAUUGCGUUACGUCGAUCAGGUUCGAAGAUGUAUAGCUAUGUUAAACGAUUGUGUCCGUAUCAGAUAAAUUUGUUACUCUGAAACAAAAGACGUCUUUAGAAUGCAUUUAUUCGCGUGCCGAAUUCUCUCGAUAAGUUUUUGCGCGAAGAAAAUUAGAAACGGGAGCAGGAAUGAUGAUGGUUGAGGGGAGACCGUGAAAUUUGAAAAUCACAGACAGACCAAUAAUUUACAACAUAAUUUGUGUAGUUCGAUAACACGGAGCGCAAAUAAAUUUAUGAAAAAUUAAA